AAGCCUGGGUCUGUGGUUAGCUCGUAGCUACUUACGCAGUAGCAGUUUCCCUUCGGCUAGUUCGUGAAACCUUGGACCGGUGUCUUAGAAAGCUUAUUUUGUACGCCUGCUGUUUACAUCAUGAUUAUUGUGUAUGUUGCUUAAUGAGUUAUCUCCCCGAACACUGAUAUUAGCGCUGGAUGUUUUUUUUGUUUUUUUUUUAAUGUGCUGCUACUACAUUUCCCGUUUUGGCCCAGCUAGCUAAGUAGCUAGCGUACGAGAAGCUAAGUGAGCCGUGCCCGUUAGCUUCACUUAUGAUGACAGAUUUUGAGACCGGUUGUCUGAAGGAAGCCUAGACUCUGCAUGGCCACAGACGAUUAUUAUUGGGAGUGAGCAGCAAAUCAGCUGAGGCCAACUGAAACAACAUGGCAUCCCGUCAGAGGAAUUCUGUGCGGAUCCUAUCUAACCGGGAGCGAGGCUCCCAGAUUUUUGGCUCGCAGCGGCUCCUGCAGCUGCUGGUGGAGGAGAAAGUUCGCUGGAUGAAAUGGCAGAGUCAGAAAGUGGAGCUGCCGGACAGCCCCAGGUCAACUUUCCUGCUGGCAUUCAGCCCUGACCGGACCCUUAUGGCUUCUACACAUGUGAAUCACAACAUUUAUAUCACAGAAGUCAAGACUGGAAAGUGCCUACAUUCCUUAGUGGGUCAUCGUAGAACUCCGUGGUGUGUGACAUUUCACCCUACAAUUCCUGGUCUGGUGGCCUCUGGGUGCCUUGAUGGUGAAGUACGCAUUUGGGAUCUGCAUGGUGGAAGUGAGAGUUGGUUUACAGAGAGCAAUGUUGCCAUUGCCUCCCUGGCCUUUCAUCCAACUGCUCAGCUUCUACUGAUAGCCACCAACAAUGAACUCCACUUUUGGGAUUGGAGCCGACCUGAGCCCUUCGCCGUGGUCAAGACAGGAAGUGACACAGAGAGAGUCCGGUUGGUGAGAUUUGAUCCUCUGGGUCACAACCUACUGACAGCAAUAGUGAAUCCAUCUAAUCAGCAGAAUGAGGAUGACUCUGAGGUUCCUAUGGACAGUGUUGAAAUGCCUCAUUUCCGUCAGCGCUCCUUCCUGCCUUCUCAGCCAGUUCGCCGCACACCUAUCCUCCACAACUUCCUCCACAUCUUGUCAUCUCGCUCCCCAGGGACUCAGGCUGGAAAUGAGUCGCCAAGGCCUCUUAGUGAAGGUAGUAGUGCUGUUGGAGAAUCUCCAAAUAUAACACGGGCCCAGUACCCCAGCUCUGAACGUGGGCCCCCCUUCCCUGGCUGUACUCAGCACCUUGGCAUGGUUUGUCUGUGCAGUCGUUGCUCUAUCAAUCGCAAUCCUUCUCUGGGUUCUGAUGGAUCAUCUGUGAGUUCCUCUGAUCACAGAGUGUUGUCUGACACAAACCAGACUGCUCCUGCAUCUACCUUCUCAUCAGCCCGCACAGAGCCCAGACAGCCUUCAGAAAGACCAUCAGCCUUUACCUCGGUCUACUAUAGUGCUGGCACUUCUCUUAAUCUCACAGCACAGAGUAGCACUGAGCCGCACUCUACCGCCAGAACCGGACCUGACUGGACACGCAGCCUGCUUAAUAUGAGGGAAGGUGGAGUUGGUACUAGCAUUCUACCUCCCAGAACCUCCUCCUCUUCCUCUAUCAGUCUCCUUUCAGUACUUCGUCAGCAAGAGGGCUCUUCUCACUCUCCCGUCUAUACCUCUGCCACUGAAGGAAGGGGAUUUCCCCAACAAGGACCAGAGUCUGGGCCUCGAGAUAGUGCUGGUAUGAGCAGUGGCCAUCACCCUUUCUGGGAGGGUUCUCGGAGUAACACUGCCUCCUUCCGUAAUGUACUGCAGUGCAACCUGAGCCGCUACUUUAUGGAAUUUGACCGCAUGCAGGACCUGGAGACAACACCUUUAGGGGGUACCAUGGGGGAUGGUAGCCAGGAACAGAGUCAAGAGUUACUAAAUAACAACAUUGACCCAGACAGACCUGGGCCUUCUUCAUCAACUUCCUCUUCUUCCUCCCCUACCAUAAUCCACUACCAGCCUCCCCUCCCUCCUUCAGCCUCCCACAAUUUAGAGAACAAUGUUCCUCCUUCAGCAUCACGAGGCCAUUUGAACCGCUGUCGGGCCUGCCACAACCUGCUGACCUUCAACCAUGACUCUCAGCACUGGGAGCGCACAAACCAGGCAUCCUCCACCUCUUCAUCCACUCUGGAACUCUCCUCUUCCACAUCUUCUUUCCCCUCUUCUCCAUGGCAAAGUGAAGAGGGCAGGGGGACACUAGAAGCCCAAGCACAAGAGAGGAGGGUUCCUCCAGAGCUUAAUGAACAGCAGCCUCCCACAGGAGGAGGUGGAGGAGCAGCAGGAACAGUGGCCUUUCCUAUAACCCCAUCCUCCAAUCAGCCUGGUGAGCAGACAGUAGGCUUGGUGUACAACCAAGACACAGCACAGUGGGAGAGGGUGUAUCGGCAAGCUGCAGCUGGCCGAUCGGCAGAGCCACCGGAGGCCUUAAGCCAAGAAAUGCCUGUUGACCCUCCAGAUGAGGACUCGCUGAGAAGGAGACUCUUGGAAUCAUCUCUGUUGUCAUUGUCUCGUUAUGACAUGGCGGGAUCCAGAGACCACCCUAUUUACCCUGACCCAGCCAGGCUUUCUCCAGCAGCAUAUUAUGCUCAGAGAAUGAUCCAGUAUCUGUCCCGUCGCGACAGUAUUCGCCAGCGUUCUCUACGCUACCAGCAGAACCGCCUGCGGGCUAUGUCAUCUUCGUCAGACAGUCCUACUAGCAAUCCUUCCAACUCCAUGGAUAACAGUGACGUGGACUUUGAGGAGCUGGAUGAUAAUGGAGACCGAGCUAGGCACAGGACUCCACGCAAUGCAAGAAUGUCUGCACCUUCACUGGGUCGCUUUGUCCCACGGCGUUUUCUUCUUCCUGAGUAUCUGCCCUAUGCUGGAAUCUUCCAUGAGAGAGGACAGCCAGGCCUGGCCACACACUCCUCCGUCAAUAGAGUCUUGGCUGGUAAUUGGGCAUCAAUUGGAGAUGGCCAGUCUGCAGUUGCCAGCAACAUUGCCAACACUACCUAUCGUCUGCAGUGGUGGGACUUCACCAAAUUUGAUCUUCCUGAGAUCAGCAAUGCCUCAGUCAACGUUCUAGUGCCAAACUGUAAAAUCUACAAUGAUGCAAGUUGUGACAUCUCUGCUGAUGGCCAGCUGCUGGCAGUUUUCAUUCCCAGCAGUCAGCGGGGCUUUCCAGAUGAGGGCAUCCUCGCCAUUUACUCACUGGCUCCUCACAAUUUGGGAGAAAUGCUCUACACAAAGAGAUUUGGUCCAAAUGCCAUCUCUGUUAGCUUGUCUCCAAUGGGCUGCUAUGUGAUGGUUGGCUUGGCCUCAAGGAGGAUACUGCUGCAUCCCACCACAGACCACAUGGUGGCACAAGUCUUUCGCCUGCAGCAGCCACAUGGAGGAGAGACUUCAAUCAGGAUGGUGUUCAACGUGGUUUAUCCCAUGGCUCCAGACCAGAGACGCCAUGUCAGUAUCAAUUCUGCUCGCUGGCUGCCAGAUCCAGGAAUGGGUCUGGCUUAUGGAACCAACAAGGGAGAUCUGGUUAUCUGCCGCCCUGUGUUCUAUCGAAGUGAUGGUGAUAGCCCGGGAGAAUCGAACAGCGAGCCUUUGUUUUCUAUCAACAACAGUGGAACAACCAGGACUCGAGGCUCUGACCGACCGGGGCCAAAUCGCUCUGGCUGGAGACUGGACAGGGACAUGGGUUUGAUGAAUGCAAUUGGUCUUCAGCCUCGCCACCCUGCCCCUUCUGUGACAUCACAGGGCACUCAGACACUAAUCAUCCAGCUGCAAAAUGCAGAAACCCAAACAGAGAGGGACCUGCCAGAGUCCAGCAUCUCCCAGUCAGCCCCCAAUACUGCAGACAUCAUUUCUGAGACUCCAUCCAGUGGAAGUGGUUCAGUGGAGCCACAGGAACCAUCCCAGUCUGACCGAGCUCAGGAAAGUCUCCAGGGAGAAUCCUCAGCAGAUGCUAACACAUCCACAGCUAACCCUGGAGAGUCUUCAGAGUUUGGUACAGGGGAAGAUGCUUUGGCUCGUAUCCGGCGACUGAUCGCUGAGGGUGGUAUGACAGCUGUGGUCCAACGGGAGCAGAGCACCACCAUGGCCUCUAUGGGCGGUUUCGGGAACAACAUCAUCGUCAGCCAUCGCAUCCAUCGUGGUUCUCAGACGGGGACAGCGGCCGGCCGGCAAGCUGCAGAUCCUGCUGUACCGACCGCGUCCUCUUCCACUCCUGUAGUCCUGAUUGUGCCCCAUACUCAACCCUACCCCCCAUCACAAGAUCACAGCUAUCCUCAGGCUGAGCCCCAGACUUCCACCCCAUCAGAACCACUCACUCACAUGUGGGGCCCACAGCCCCCCACGCUGUCUCUGGCUGUGGACAUCGACGAUGUGUUUGACGGAGGACGGAUGGAUGACGACUCCCUACCUGGUCCUUCGUCUUCCUCCCUGCUGCUGUCUUCCCCCUCUUCAUCAUCCUCCUCUUCUUCCUCUCAUAGCCCCCUCCCUAACAGCACCAGCAGUCAUCCUAGCCCCACCAGUUACCUUGGUGACCCUUACAGCAGGUAGUUCUAUUGGUUGGUCAGCCGACAGAGGGCGUUCCUCAAAGCCUUACAUCACAAAGAACGGGUGCUGUUUUGACUGCUGCACAGGGUGUCGCAUCUACAAAAGAAGGGACACUAUACUCCCCCCAAACCUUCAGUGGCAUUGGCGUGCACCUCUUCUGCACUUAUAGACGGACUGAAGCUGAACCGUGAUCAUUCCGUGUUAGGAAGGGCUCCUUCUUAAAUAAGGCCAGCCAGCACUGAGCUGCUCUCCGCCCUUUUCAGCAAAUAACACGAUUAAAGACGAGGUUCCUGUUUUCAAAGUGCCAUGUAGGGGGCACUGUAUCUCUUACACACAUUUACUCCAAUGUGCUGCAUCUGGUGCCAUGUGAUGUUGAAAUUUGAUGUGAAAUAGUGUGUGAUUGAAGUGUUUAAAAAGUGACUUUAGCACUACUUUAGUUUGAAGCCUGUUUUGUACAGUGUGUAACUAUGAUGCUGAAAACAAACUGUAUUGGAGGCAGCAUGGGGGACGGACUUGCGUAUCACACCCCAAAGUUACACUGUGUGGAAAUCAAUCACGGAUGACUGAACAGAUGAUUGGGACUGAAUGAACUGAAUCUACUGCAUGUCUAUUCAGUGAUGCUGCGGUUCAUGUUUCCCAAUGAAACAGGAGGUUGAGUUUUCAACGCUGAAGGUGAGAACAGUUUCCUUGUUGAGGGGGUCUUUAUAAUGACCUCCACUCCCGCCCCAAAAUCCCACCCAACCCA